AGAGGAGAGAGGAGCAGCAGCAGAUUUGUCUUUUUUUUUUGUCUCCGGCCUUUGCAGGACGUCUUUCUGUCCUUUAAACAUUUAAAAAAAGAAAAGUUGUGCCAAGUUUAAGUUCAAGAAAAUCCAACAAAACAAGAAAACCAAGGCAGGGGAAAGUGUUUAGCGUGAGUGUGAGGUGCGUAAAAUCCGUGCGUCCAUUUACGCACCACUGCAACACAUACUGUCUGUGUUUUACUGCGCUCCUGGACUUAAAAGAAUAAACAGAGUGAUAGAAAGAAAGAAAGAAAGGAGGGAGAGACAGAAAAGAAGAGGAGUUCCUGAGGAGAGGAGGACUGGAACCACACACACACACACACGCAGCAGCAGCAGCGGCGCUUAUUUACAUUAAACCCGCCACAAGGUUACAGUGCAGAUACACGAGCGUCAUUUUUCUCCUCUUCUUUUUAACACUCGUUACUUGUGUUAAAGCGGUGACUGACGCGCAGGACGCACGGGACGAACGAGGAGGCAUCCACUCAUUUAUCCUGGAGUUUUCCUCUGAAGAGGACACGCACACACACACUGACUGCACACACGCGCGCGUGCUGGAAACACAACACUCUCUGUGAAAAAGGCUGCUGCUUCGUGCUCGCCCCACGUUUUUCCGCAGAGCUGUUGGCGGCGACGGCGGCGACGGCUGCAGCGCUCUUCCUGACACCCGACGCUCGUUGGAGACGCGUGGCAGUCGACGCGCAGGACUCAGUGUGGACCAGAGGAGGAGCUGAGGCUUAACGUCGCUCACACGCCGUCACGCUUUCUAAGAAGCUGCUCAGCCACAGACUGAGGUGUCGUUUCCACGGUGACAGUGCGAGGCCCGUUGAUCCUGACAGACAGGUUGGACUCCAUUAUGCAGUUGGGGUGUUAAGGAUGGAGGACUCUAGUUUGUGUCUUGGUGUGUCAUCGGCAGUGUCUGAUGCUGAUGCCCAUCUGAGCAGUGCAGUCUUAAAUGGCCGCUACCCCAUAAGUCAGAAGCUUCACCAGCUCACUGCCCAGCUAGGACACGCCUUUCCCGACCUACACCGCCCACAGCAGAUCCCAGAAGAGAAAGCAGCGACGCCUUUGGACGACAAGACUCACCACGCAGCCCUGGCUAGUCAACCAAUCAGCAGUCAGAUGGCCCUGCUAGCCAAUCAGCUCAACCGAGACAUCGACGCAGGAGCGCUAAGUGGGUUGAACGGUCGCGUCGACCUGCAGCAGUUUCUCAACGGCCAGAACUUGGGCAUCAUGUCCCAGAUGAAUGAUAUUGAAGAUGACGCCCGCAAGAAUAGGAAGUAUCCCUGUCCACUGUGUGGCAAGAGAUUCCGCUUUAACAGCAUCCUGUCGCUGCACAUGCGCACACACACGGGGGAGAAGCCCUUCAAGUGUCCAUACUGUGACCAUCGAGCAGCUCAGAAGGGCAACUUGAAGAUCCACCUCCGCACCCAUAAGCUGGGGAACCUCGGUAAAGGCCGUGGCCGCGUCAGAGAGGAAAACAGGCUCCUGCACGAGCUGGAGGAGAGGGCCAUUCUGAGGGACAAGCAGAUGAGAGGGAGUGGCAGUCUCAUCCAAGCACCUCCAACACCCCAUCUCAGCCUCAACAGCAGUUCUAACGCUCAUCAGCCACAACUUGGCUCAGCCUGUGGCCUCCUCCCAGCCUCUGGCCUUGCCACUCCAGACACAGUCUCCCAGCCUUCUUCCUCUCCCAAGCCAACUACAACUACUACCCAGGAUGAACAGUCCCUCAACCCAACCACAGGUUUCCGCUGCACCUUCUGCAAAGGGAAGUUUAAGAAGCGCGAGGAGCUGGAUCGCCACAUUCGCAUACUCCACAAGCCCUACAAAUGUACACUGUGUGAGUUUGCUGCCGCCCAUGAAGAGGAGCUGAUAAACCAUGUGGAAAAGGCCCACAUCACAGCCGAGCCGGCGCAGGGACAGGGCGCAGGUGGUGCCGGUGGCAUGCAGCCGGCCACCGAAUUCCGUUGUGACAUAUGUGGACAGGUGUUCAGCCAAGCUUGGUUCCUCAAGGGUCACAUGCGCAAGCACAAGGACUCCUUUGAGCACUGCUGCCAAAUCUGCGGCCGCCGCUUCAAGGAACCGUGGUUUCUCAAGAACCAUAUGAAGGUGCAUCUCAACAAGCUGGCAAUCAAGAACAAACCACCACAACCCAAUGAGCACGACCUGGCUGCUGUCAAUAGCAUGAGCAAUCUGGCUCAGGAAGCUCAUGCUAACCUUUAUUCCCGCUACAUCGCCUGUCUUCAGGGAGGCUUCCUUUCACCAGACAAACAAGGUCUGAGUGAACAACACCAGAUGUUGGCUAAAGCUGGGAUAGCUAUGAAGGAAAAGGAGAUGCUAGGGAAGUUGCUGGGACCCAUGGCAGGAGGUAUGGGCCAUGCACUAGGUGAAAACGAGAAGCGCUCGCUCCUGGGUUGCCUAAACCUUGUGCCACCACUCAAGUCUAGUUGCAUGGAGCGUCUGCAGGCGGCUGCAAAAGUGGCAGAGAUGGAUUCCCUCAGCAGCUACCAAGCCUGGCAGAUAAUGGCACGUGGCAUGGCCAUGGACAGGGCUUUUAUGCCUAAGGAGCAGCAGCAGCAGCAUCAUAUACCCCAAGUGCAGGAAGAUGAGAUGGGUGGUGCUGGAGCCCUGGCUUCUUUCUCAAAGGAAAAACAAGACUACUCCCUAAUUUCUUCUAAUGAUAGCUCCAAGCAGAAGCAGCUCUCAGAUGCCUUGCAGGGAUCCAAGGCCCCCAGUGGAGCCAUGAUGUCCCUGAAGGAGGACGGACGAGGCUUUGACAGUCACCGUGACCUAAUGUCACACCAUGUUAAUGCAGAGGCUCCUGGAGCCUUGGCUGGCUUGGGAAGCCCAAACAUUGACUACAGCCUCUCUGGCCUGAAGGACAAGCCUUCAGAGUGUCCCGACUGCGGCCGUAUCUUCAGAUCAUACCAUCAGAUGGUUGUUCACUCCCGCAUUCACGGCAAGGACAGGAGAGGCAUCGAAGAAGUGCUGCAGCAACAGGGUCUGGAAGAACGCCGCGGAUCAGCCAGUGACCCCGAGUCCCAGUCCAUCAGCCGCUCCACCACUCCCGGUUCCUCCAAUGUGACGGAGGAGAGCGGCGCUGGAGGAGGUCACUCCCAGACAGGAAGUGUCCAGGAUGACAGCCCACAUCCCUCUUCACCGUCUUCAGAUGUUGGCGAUGACUCGGUGAAAGCGGCGGGGAACCUUCAGCCGCCGCCUCCUCAGCACCGUGAGCGCAGUCUGGCCUCGUCCUCUAAAGACUGUCCUUACUGUGGAAAGUCCUUCAGGACAUCCCAUCAUCUCAAAGUUCACCUGCGGAUACACACAGGAGAGAAACCCUAUCGUUGCCCUCAUUGUGACUACGCCGGGACCCAGUCUGCCAGUUUGAAGUACCACCUGGAGCGCCACCACCGCGAGCGUCAAAAUGGCUCUGCCACCUCAGGCCCCUCCUCUGGCCACACCCCCUCUUCUGACCACAAAGAGGAUCAUGGGAAGACAGCUAGCGGUGGCGGCAUCUUUGCCCGACCAGAUGUUCUCCGCAGUGUCUUCAAAGGAAUGCCCCCAAGCCUGGACUUCAGAGCAGGUCCGCUGCUGCCACAUCAGUGGGCUUCAGCUGCAAUGAUGCCCCCCCAUGAGCGCGAACGCGGAGACCGCCGCUUUGACUCCGCCUCCUCAGCAGACAACCUGAAGACAGCCGACGCUCCUUCCUCCCUUGUCUCGACAGCGACAGACAGUCCUGCCAGCUUCUCUGACCUCAGCAGGGCCUACCAAACCAUGAUGGGUAACGGAGUCCACUUUCAAGGUUCCCUUCAGGCCUUUAUGGACAACUUUGUCCUCGGCUCCAUGAAGAAAGACAUGAAGGACAGUCAGAGUCCAGUCCAGCUCCAGGCACAGCUCUACCACGACAACGGUGAGCCCAAAGCCAAACGUGCUGCCUCGGUCGAACAGGACAAAGAAGAAAAGGCUGAAGCCAAGAAGAACUCGGAGCCUGGCAAACCUGGAUCCCAGUAUGAACCACUGGAUCUGUCUGUGUCAGUCCGGCCUGAGUCUGCAUCUGGAUCUCUUCCUGGCUCCUCAGUCACCAUUCACGAUAAUGUGGCGUGGCACAGCUGCCUCUUCUGCUCCUUCUCCACCUCGUCGUUGGAGCUCAUGGCUCUGCACCUCCAGGCCAACCACCUGGGUAAAGCCCAACUUCAGCGGCCCGACACAGGCAAAGAGCUUCACGGCGACACCUCCCUCUUUCACUCUUCCAGCACCAAGACCUCUGGUGUGGCCCUAGACAAAGAUGGAGACCGGGAUGGAGAGAAGAAUCAUGGUGGCUGGAACAAUCACAUGGACCAGAGCUACAACCCCUUCCAGAGUGAGUUCUACAGACGGUUUGGUGGCUUGUAUGAUGGAUCACCAAGUGCCAACCAGGCCCUUCAAGGGUUCAUGAGUUCGGCAGAGCAAGGUCUUGAUCUACACAGCCAUGCUUUUGGAGGAACAUCUUCAGUUGUGGACGACCACGUUGGUGAGCGGAGCUCCCAUGGAGAUGCUGAAGAUGACCAGGUGGGCUCAGAUGACGACGUUGUGAAACCUGGGGUGCACAGCUCCAGUGAGACACCCUCGGCAACUCCCAAGAGACAGCAGCAGCAGAAUCACUCUGACGGAGAGGAAGAGGAGGGGGGAAUGGCUGAAGAGGACGAGGAAAGAGAGGAGGACGGUCAAAUGGACAUGGAGAGAGAGGACGGAGGAAGUCCGGUUUCCGACCACCUCAAACAUCUCCAUGACGACUCCUCCCUGCCUCAGAGGAGCGGAGCCGGUCUGGUAGCGUCUUCCUCCGCCAUGUCUUCGCUCUCUCUGGUUCCCCAGAACCAAACUCUGCCGCUGGAGAAGCAGUGGCAGCAGGGCCUGGGCCUCCUGUCUCCUGGCGCGGGGCUGUUGAAGGCCGAGCAGCAGAGCCACCUGGAGCAGCAGAUGAACAUGCUGUCGGUCCUCAGGGCCUACAGCAACGACAACAUCCCCGCAUUCAACGGUCUCGGAGGCGGUGCAGGAGGAGCAGCUGCGGGGGGCAUGAAGAGGCCGGAUCCACCUGGCCAGAGACCGUUCAAGUGCAGUUACUGCCCGUACAGCGCCUCGCAGAAGGGCAACCUGAAGACUCACGUGCUGUGUGUGCACCGCAUGCCCUUCGACAACACGCGCUACCCCGACCGACGCUUCAAACGCUCCCGCGCCGAGUCCGACGUCGCGGACAAGAACCUCGAUGACGACGACGGCGCCCCUGCCACUGCUGCUGAUGCUGCUGCUGAUGCUGCUGCUGAUGUCACAGCCAAUCAACCGACGAUGACAGACGCAGAUGGACGCCACUCGGAGGUCUCGUCGUGUUGGUCAAUGACGUCUGAAAACACAGACAAACACGGACGUUCACUGUAAAUCUGAGUUAAAAAAUCACUCUUUCUACGUUAAACGUACUCUGUGUGGGUCGUUGUGCGUCGUCUGUGAGCAUUUACUAACAAACUGCUGUCAUGUCCGUGUUUGUGAUGACGAGAUUCACAAUGUUUUUAUCUUUUAAAUAUUGAAACGAUACGGCUCGAGCGCCUGAAACAAAAUCCACUGUCGGCUCAUGUUAUCAGAGCUGUUGAACCUUUUCUCGAGCUGAAAGUUGUCGUGUCAUGUGGUUACUUGUGAGUGCAGGAGGAGAGAAGGACGUUGGAUUGUGUGGCUCGUCUGGAGCCUCGUCUCAGAGAUACCAGACCAUCGUUAACCCCGGGUUUAAGUCUCUGCUCGUCUGGAGAUGUUUUAGCUUCAGCUGGACACUGAACAACUGUCUGACACUAAAGAGCAUCUGCAUCAUCUGCUGCUGAAGCUGAAGCUAAACUCCUGAACGUGUCAUCGUGAAGAGUUCACAGUGUGUAAAUGUGACCGUGGAGCGUUCAAAAGAAACACUUUUAUUUUGAAAUUCUGUGAACUGUCAUCAUAGAUAUUAUUAUUUUUUAUGUAUUUUUCUCAAAAAGUUGGACUUUUUUUUUUUCUCCACAGGACCAAACUAGACACUCAGUGACCCCGAGGUCAUGUGAGUUUGAGUGAAUCAAUGAAUGUUCAUAUUUAGAGGUAAAUGAACGACACCGCUGUGAUUGACAGCUGGUGUCGUCCCAUUGGAGCCAAAUCAGUCAAAUCACAACUCUGGAGGCUUCACCAGGAGAGUUUGACGUACAUCCCAGAGUCAGAGGAAACACUGGGAUUUGUUUCCUGGUUCCUUACACAGCGGAAUCUUGCAUAUUGGACCUUUAAAAAACAAACAACGAGAGAUCAGCCAGAUAAAGUAACACAAGAUCAAUAGAGACGUUUGUUUCUCUCUGAAAAUAACACUUUCAGUGGGGAAGAAGAUCCACAUUUACUGUAUGAGCGACAGACGAGGACACGUGAACACUUCCACUGCUGCUGAGAACAUGACACCAGUGGCUUCCACUUUACAUGUGUGUGUAUGUGUAACACAGUCAGUCAGUGGUGGCAUUAGUGUGUGUGUG